CAGUGUCGCCUCGGAGCUCGAAACCUCUGGUUCGCGGCACGCCAGUGUUGCCUCUCGCAGGAGGAGCCAUAAGACGUGGCACCUUGGGGAAGCCUGGUCAAGUGGCAGUCAACUAUUUGGAUGUCAACUUGGAUAAAAUGCCAGCGGUUGCCUAUCACUAUGAUGUGAAGAUCUCGCCAGAGCGCCCCAAGAAGUUCUUUCGCCACGCCUUUGAGGUGUACAGAAAGCAGCACAUGGGCGGUGUGAUUGCCGCCUACGAUGGCCGUGCCUCCUGCUACACGGCAGACAAAAUAGUUUGCAAGCCACAAGAGGAGAAAGUGAUUGUGACUGAUAAUCACGGUCGUACGCUGACUUACACUCUGCAAGUAAAGGAGACCGAGGAGCUGGUUGUAGAUUUGAGUUCCCUGCGCAGCUACAUGAAGGAUAAGAUCUACGACAAGCCCAUGCGCGCCCUGCAGGUGCUGGAAGUGGUUUUGGCCUCUCCCUGCCAUGCCACAGCCAUACGCGCUGGUCGCUCCUUCUUCAAGCGCUCCGAUCCGGGCAAGGCCAUUAAUCUGGGCGAUGGCUACGAGGCGCUGGUCGGUCUCUACCAGUCGGUGGUGCUGGGGGAUCGUCCGUUUAUCAAUGUGGACGUAUGCCACAAGUCGUUUCCAUUCGCCUCCACCGUCGUGGAGUACAUUGAGCGAUAUCACGGGGAGAGAGUGGAAAAGCAUACCAACCUUGAGCUCAAGCGACUGGAUAUCGAAGCAUUUCUGAAGGGCAUCAAAAUCGUCUACAAAUCACCGCCAAGCUUCGACAGACCCCCGACCAUCUUCAUGGUCCUUGGGCUAACCAAGCUGCCGGCCAACAGGCUAUCCUUCGACAAGGAAGGGCAACAGAUGACCGUGGAGAAGUACUUUGCCUCCAGGGAAUACAAUUUGAAAUAUCCAAAUCUGCCCUGUCUGCAUGUGGGUCCGCCCACGGAAAAUAUUUUCUUGCCCAUGGAACUGUGCAGCAUCGAGGAGGGCCAGCUGCUGAAUCGCAAAGAUCAGGAAGCUCAGGUGUCGGCCAUGAUUAAAUUUUCAGCCACAUCCACCAAUGAGCGCAGAUCGAAGAUCUUGAAUUUGGUGUCAUUUUUCAAGCACAACUUGAACCCCACCGUGGCACGCUUUGGCAUGCGCUUGGAGAGCGAUUUCAUAACGGUGAACAUGCGCCUCCUCGAUCCCCCCAUGGUGGAGUACAAAGGGAACAGCAUGGUGGCCGUGAAGAACGGUUCGUGGCGCAUGGAUCGCUUGAAGUUCUUCGCGCCCAAGCCGCGGGAACACAAAUGGGCCAUACUCUAUGGUCCCCGAAUGAUGUACAAUGCGGUGGAAGACUUCAAGGAAUAUGUCCUAACACAGAGUGCCAUAGUGAGCGUGUGUCUGGCCAGGAAGGCUGAGAUACGUUUGUACAAGGAUGAACGUGAUUUGGAUAACCAUUUUCGAGAUUUCAAGCGGCUCCAAUGCGAUUUGGUGUUUGUCAUCAUACCCAACUCGGGGCCCCUCUACGAUAAUGUGAAGCAAAAGGCCGAGCUGCAGCACGGCAUACUGACGCAGUGCAUCAAGCUGUUUACGGUGCAGCGCAAACUGAAUCCUCAGUGCAUUGGCAACAUUCUGCUGAAGGUCAAUGCCAAGCUGAACGGCAUCAAUCACAAGUUGAAGGAUAAUCCGCGCACUGUGCUCCCCAAUGUCAUGUUUAUGGGUGCCGAUGUCACCCAUCCAUCGCCCGAUCAGCGGGAGAUACCCAGUGUGGUGGGCGUGACAGCGUCCCACGAUCAAUUCGGAGCUUCGUACAACAUGCAGUAUCGCCUGCAACGCUCCACCCUGGAGGAUAUCGAGGACAUGGAGUCCAUCACGCUGGAGCACUUGCGUGUCUAUUAUCAGUACAGGAAAUGCUAUCCCGAGCACAUUGUCUACUAUCGCGAUGGUGUCAGCGAUGGACAGUUUCCCAAGAUCAAGGAUGAGGAGUUGAGGGGCAUUAAGGCGGCGUGUUGCAAGAAGCACAUUCGUCCCAAGAUUUGCUGCAUAAUUGCUGUCAAGCGUCAUCACACGCGCUUCUUUCCCUGUGGCAAUCCUUCGCCGUUCAACAAAUUCAACAAUGUGGAGCCGGGCACCAUCGUGGACCGCACCAUUGUCCAUCCCAAUGAGAUGCAAUUCUUUCUGGUCAGCCAUCAGGCCAUUCAGGGCACAGCCCGACCAACGCGCUACAACGUGAUUGAGAAUACGGGCAAGCUGGACAUCGAUGUCAUACAGCAAUUGACAUACAAUCUGUGCCACUUGUUUCCGCGCUGCAAUCGCGCCGUGUCCUAUCCAGCGCCGGUCUAUCUGGCACAUUUGGUGGCCGCCCGUGGUCGCGUCUAUCUGACGGGCUCCAGGAAGCUCCUUACACCCAAGGAGGAGUACCAAAAGCGUUUAAUUGUGCCACAAUUUAUGGAUAAAUAUCCAAUGUAUUUUGUUUAAACUUACACAAUGCCAGACUCGUCGGCAUCCGCUCUGCAUUGCCACUU